AUGCCCCUGCUGUCCCUGCCGACGGAGCUGCUUCUGGCCAUAGCCCAUCACCUCGACUCGUGCCGGGACAUCGACGCCCUGGCACGUGCCAACUGCCGGCUCUACCGGGAACUCAUCAUCCACCUCUACCGCUACGAUGCCAAGCACUAUCGGGCCGCCGCCCUCUUCUGGGCGGCGAGGAACGGCCGCUGCGAGACGAUACGGCGGGCCGUGGCCACGGGGGUUAGCCUUGACGAGCACGCCAUGCUGCCCAUCGCCGUCGAGAACGGCCACGGCUCCGUCGUCAGCCUCCUGCUGAGCCUGCGGGACGUCGACCUCUCCGUCAAGUGCGACAACGGCUGGACGCUCCUCGGCCUCGCCGCGCGGUCCGGUCACGCCGACGUGGCGAGGCUCCUCGUCGAGGCCGGCGCCGACAUCCGCGACGGCUACGUCGGCUGGACGCCGCUCAACGUGGCCGCCAACUCGGGCCACCUCGCCGUCGCGAGCUACCUCCUCGGCGAGGGCGCCGACCCCGAGCUGCGCAGCGAGAGCGGCUGGACGCCCCUCAAGUCGGCCUCGUGCAACGGCCACGCCGCCGUCGCCGAGCUGCUCCUCGCCAGCGGCGCCGACGUCCAGGCCUCGGCCGACCGGGGCUGGACGCCGCUGCACUCGGCCGCCAACUCGGGCCACGGGGACAUUGUCGGCCUGCUCGUCGACGGCGGCGCCGACACGGCCGUCGCCACCGUCGACGGCUGGACGGCCCUGACCCUCGCCGCCGACAAGGGCAAGGCCGAGUCGGUCUGGAUGCUGCUGCGCAAGGGCGCCGACGUGGCCCUGGCGUGCGGCAACGGCUGGACGCCCCUGACCCUCGCCUCCGACAGCGGCCACAUCGACAUUGUCGAGAUGAUCCUCGACGCCGGCGCCGAAAUCGGCGCGCCCUGCAACCACGGCUGGACGCCCCUGAGCCUCGCCGCCGGCGCCGGCCACGCCGCCGUCGUCAAGCUGCUGCUCGACCGCGGCGCCGACGUCGCCGUCACCAACGACGCCGGCUGGCCGCCGCUCCUCACGGCCUCGGACCGCGGCCACCAGGACGUCGUCCGCGUCCUGCUCGACCACGGCGCCGACGUCCAGGCCUCGAACCCGAGCGGGUGGACGCCGCUGCACGCCGUCGCCGAGAACGGCAGGCUCGCCAUCGCCGGCAUGCUGCUGGAUCACGGCGCCGACGCCGACGCCGCCAACCGGAGCGGCUGGAGCCCCUUUCACGUCGCCGCCCACAACAACCGCCACGAGACGGUCGAGUUCAUGCUCGCGCGGUCCGCCGUCGACGUCAACCUCCGCGACAACAACGGCCGCACCGCCGCCUUCCACGCCGCCAUCCGAGGCCACGCCGAGACGGUGGAGCGCAUGCUCGCCCGUGACAUCUCCUUUGACAUUGACGACAUGUACGGCUCGGCUGCCGUCCUGGCGGCCACGAGGAACGGCCACGAGGCCGUCGUGCGCACGCUGCUCGAUCACGCCGGCUUCGACACCCACUCGCCCGACUUGUUUGGCGAAACGAUCCUUUCCUGGGCCGCCCGCAGCGGCAACCCUCGUCUGCUUGAUUUGCUUUGCGACUAUUCUCGACGACGCGGCAACGACGUAGGUGAAGACGUGCAAGUGGAGCAGAACCCUGUCAAGUUUAUUGGAGAUUCUUGCUGGUGCGAGAUAUGCACCCGCUGCACCGUGCUGGGCACCGUGUCGUACGAGUGUCCGACGGACCUCCGAGGGCGCGUCGGAGCCUACGUUGCGCUUGACCAAGAAUUCGACGACGCCGGCACGAUGUCUGUUGCGCGAAAACACGGCCGAGAAUCGUGA